AUGGCCACGGUGGAGAGGCUUUUCUGUCUGCUGGAAGCUCACGGUGCCCGCCCGUCCGUGGAAGGGCUGGAUUGGGCCCGUGAGAACUGGAGUAACUGUCAGAGUGUGAUGGACCGGAUUGUGGCCCUGCAGAAGGAGGCACGGGCCAAGUCGGGAAAGGGCAAAGCCUUCAUCUGUGCAGUUUUGGGUGCCUGUUUGGCCGCUUCAAUAGAUGAAAAGCAAAGCCAAAACGGACGAGAGAAUAAAAUCAUUUCCUCCUUGCAGGAGCUGGUAGAUUCCCUGCAAGGACAUAUUGUAACUUUAAAGGACGAAGUGGCAGAUCUUAAGGAUAGAUUAAAAACAGAAGUGGCAAAAGUGGUUUUUGAGGAGGAAGAGUUAAAGCAGACAGAGCCUGCCUCCAUAUACCCCCAGGCAGAACUGGCAGCAGCAGAGGAAGCUGCGGCUCACAUGCGUCCUCUCAUUAAAACCGAGAUGCUGUAUGAGGAUGAGGAUGGCACCCCUGCCAUCACAACCAAAGAGAUACCCUUUUCUUCCACUGAGCUGGCCAAACUGCGUAAAGAGUUUACACGUUCGGCUGGAGAGUCUGAGGUGGAAUAUGUAUGGCGUGUUUCUAAAACUGGAGGGGAUCAAAUUAGGUUGACAGAGGCUGAAGCUACAGGCUAUUGGGGUGCUAAUGUGUUCCUAACUACGGGAAAUAGGAGUGGUCCCUGGAGCCUUACUCAGCGAGCAGCUUUCUGGGCUGGGGGCUUUGAUUCAAAGGAGAGAGGAGAGCCUCUAGUUCUGAGGGGAGGCAUGAAUCAGAUAAUGGAAAAUGUGCAGAAGGCAGCUUGUUUGCAAAUGGUCUAUGAUAGAGAACUGAAACAUCAUUUUGAAUCGCCCCUUUCUCUCUUGGUGGACCCAAAGCGAAUGACUCCUUUGGUCAGGGGGCUUCCUGACUCCCUUAAGAUGAAAGGCAUCCAGCUUCAAAAGGAGAUAGCUGACACCCCACUUACCUCCCGAAUACAAGCUACUCUGAGGGAGAACUUAACACCCGGGAGGAACCAGCCUGAUGGCAGACAAUGGACCUGGGAGGAGGUGGCAAGAGAGCUAUUAGAUUAUGCCAGGCAGUAUGGGGUGCCUGAGGAAGUUCAUAAGCCUGAGCCUAGAGGCUUGAGGCAUGUGGAAAUUAAUCACCCACUGCCAAGUGCAGAUCCCCGGAGCCAGAUGCUUCGAAUCCCCAAGCGACACUCGACUGGGGGAAGGGAGCAUCUGAAUACUAUGCAAUAG